UAUUUCGAAUCCACAAUUUAAGCACAGGCUGAACCCUCACCACUCUCCCCUCCUACCCCUCCGCUCUGCCGCAGUCUCUGUCUCUCUGCUCCUUUUCCUCAAACGAUUUUCAUGGAUUUUGAGAUUGAUGGCGAUUUGAACGGCGAGGUUGUGGGAAGCUCUGUUAUUGAAGUCAGGGCUGAUGCUGAAAAUGCAAUUGAAGGUGGUAGUCCUGAUGAACAUGAUUUUCACCAGGCACCCAAUGUUAAAGUUGACCAUGACCUCUCUGGUAGGGAUGUGGUUUCAAUAGAAGAGCCGGAAACAGUGAGUAAUUCCGCGCCAGAUGAACCCUAUGUGGGUCAAGAGUUUGAAUCUGAAGCAGCAGCACAUGCGUUUUAUAAUGCAUAUGCAACUAGAGUAGGUUUCAUUAUCCGUGUAAGCAAGCUCUCUCGUUCUAGAAAAGAUGGUACUGCCAUUGGUCGAGCACUUGUUUGCAACAAAGAGGGCUUCAGAAUGGCUGAUAGGCGGGAAAAGGUUGUGCGGCAAAGAGCAGAAACUAGGGUUGGCUGCAGAGCAAUGAUUUUAGUUAGAAAAGUAAGCUCCGGUAAAUGGGUUGUGACAAAGUCCGUGAAGGAGCACACUCAUCCUUUAACUCCUGGCAAAGGUCGUAGGGAAUCUAUCUAUGACCAAUUCCCGAACGAACAUGAUAAAAUCAGGGAACUUUCUCAACAACUGGCAGCUGAAAAGAAGCGAUCUGCAACUUACAAAAGACAUCUGGAAAUGAUAUUCGAGCACAUAGAGGAGCACAACCAAUCUCUAUCGAAGAAGAUCCAAGAUAUUGUGAACAAUGUAAGGGAAAUGGAGAGUAGAGACCAGCAGAACCGUAGAUAGUUAGGUCGUAUGCUGCUGCCUACUCUUGGUCGGGUAGAGAAGUUGAUAUCAAGAAUGGUAUUUUGAUGAAGCAAACAUCGCGAACUUAGCGUGUGUUUGGUAUACUUUGACAUUUUUUUUACCCUUUGAUUUAGAAACAGCAUGGAAUGUUAAGAACUCUCUGCAUAUUCCUUUCUCUGUUUCAUCUUUCAUGUAAAAUUCUUCAUAAGCUGUAGCAAUCAUAAUUCAUAGGUACAGACUGUUUACUCAAUGCAAUUUUAUCCAAGGGAAAUUCGAUCUCUCUCUC